AUGCAUUUGGCUGUUUUUCCUGCUUUUACACUCUUGGGUUUGUCUUUGGCCAAGAAGCAUGACUACUGCGCAUGCCAAUACACGACUGACUCACCGGUUGAUUACGGCGCAACUGAUCUGUUGGCCGGUGACUGUGGAUUGGACUACGUUUACGGUCAAGAUUCAGGGCAGUUCUGGAGUGCUGAGCCACCUGGUGAAGGGGCAAGAUUUCAAGGACGCUUCCUCAAGGCAAGUGCUGGACAGAUUGAUGGGGAUGAGUUUUACAACAACUGUAAGGGAGCUGGUGCGAAUGAUGCAACUUGCUUUGAUUGCGAUUCGAAAUUCGAAUACCCCGACGGCCAUCUUCAAUGUGCAUCAUAG